AUGACCUUGUGCGAAAAGCCCGCCAUCUGCCAGUUCUGCCGCGUCCGCGGCAUCAAGACCUGUGAGUGCCCCGCAUCGUUCAAGUGGCGCGCCCCGACCAAAAGCGCAGUCCCCGUCCCGCUGGCCCACGCCCCCUUCGCAAACGCCGCAGAUACGACCCUGCGCAUCGCACCGCCCGCGCCAGAGGGACGCGCAGGGCAUUCUUUGGCCGCGUGGCAAAAUCAUACCAAGCGCAUCUUCGCCGUUAAUACCUCCGGCGCUUUCUUUGUUGACUGGUAUAAGAAGUCACCUGAUGGCUCCAAGAUGUCGCGCUUCAUGAGCCCGGUGCAUCCCGUGUCAUACCAGUUUGUGUGCGGGACCAAGCAGCAGACUGACUCGUUGGCCUCGUUUUAUGUCACCAGAAUGGCCAGAUGUGAGAGGGCCACUUCCGCCGAUUCUAGAUUGUAUGGCUCUCUUUCCCGCGGCUCGCACAUUGGCAUGAUUGUCGAUAAGAUUAACCACCAACACAUGGACACCGAUCCUUCGCACCUGCAAGAUGUCGUUACCUAUUUUGACACGGAGACCCCCAAGUAUCCCAUGUCGGCCUAUCCUCACGUGCAGUACGAUCAGCAAGUCUUCACGACCAGUGGACCGCAAAGUUUCGGCGACGUCAGCAGUACCAAUCCCUCCUUAGAUUCCGACGACUUCGUCCCUUCCCCAGCCAUGCCAUUGCAAGACCCUCAUGCGCUUCAUAACACGCCCAAGUCGACGAGCACUACCAUCACAGGCGAUUCGUCGGGCCUUUCGAAUGGCGACGUCGCCUCCAACAGUCCCUACGAAUUUGACAAUUACAAGCAACCAGAGUAUUUCAUGGACGAUGUUGUGCCAUCACAAGACCCAAAUUCGCUCAACGCACAUGGUGUUCAUGGUUUGCCUGAAGGGGCAAGUCUGUCUCGAAACAUGCCCAACAAUUCAAACGGCAACGCACAAUAUAUGGACAAAGCCGGCACCUUGUCUACAAACGACAUCAAGGUGCAGAACUUAAUGACUGUGGAUGAGGCAAACACACCCAUGUGCAAGAAAUGUAACAGCACGUUCCUGAAAAGGGGAAACCUGGGCAGACACAUUCAGACCGUACACCUGAAGCUCAAACCAUUUCAAUGUGAUCAUUGCAGCCAGUCUUUUGGAUACAAGAAUCAUCUCAAGCGACAUCAAAUCAUUCAUCAGCGGGGAAAAGAUUUGAAGUGCCGCAUUUGCAGCCUCCAGUUUAAAGGGCAAGCGCAAUUGACCAAGCACGUUCAGUUGGAACAUCAGCAAGGCUCGCCAGAUUCACAGGGAGGUUACCAUUCCAGCGUUGCGGACCGCCCGCACAUUUCGUGUGAUGAUUGCGGAACACGCUUUUCCCAGCGCUCCAAUUUGGUGCGGCAUCUUCACAUCCAUGAGGGUAUGCGCUUUCCGUGUCCUGUGUGUCCGAGCAAGUCAUUUGGCCAGCGAUACGACUUGCGCCGUCAUGUUUCUAGCAAACACCCAGAUUAUUCAGGAUCACAAUUGGCUUCAGUCGCUCCCCAACGAGUGGAAAGAGUCGAAUAGGGUUUUUUUUUUCCGAAAUGAGGAGCACCAAGAGGGGGAGUGUGACGGGCCCACAGGGUCGGGACGGUGUAGAAACUGGGUUGAUGUUGUAAAUAUUACUCAUGCUUUUCAAAAAAACCAAGCAAUCACCUAUACUGUACACGCUAUGCGUACUCUGCGGUACACUCUACUACGUUACUACGGCACAGUACACUCUAUCUGCGACGUUUUUCGCGCAAUGUAUACACA